GUGUUUCGUUUCAGACAGGCUCAUUUGUACCAUUGAUCGGCAUAGUUCUUGCAUAGACUGCGAUAACGACAACGACAAUGACAAAAAGAACAAGAAGAACAAGAAGAACAAGGAGAACAAGAAGAACAAGAACAACAAGAAGAACAAGGAGAACAAGAAGAACAAGACGAACAAGAACAACAAGAAGAACAAGAAUAACAAGAAGAACAAGAAGAACAAGAAGAGCAAGAAAAACAAGAAGAACAAAACCAACAAGAUCCUAUUCCAAGCUCCUGCGCCUUCCUAUGCUGCGGACUUGGAUGAGUUGAUAUGGAUCCCCAAGACUCGCGGGGCGAGUUCCGAGUGCAUGUGUUGCUUGGCAUUGGCAGAUGGAGUAGACGAGCUGACAUUUGCAGCUGCCAUGUGUGAGCAAGGCUUUGAGAUGGCAGAAAUCCAUGGGAAGAAAAGGCUUGCAGUUGAAUAUCCCGGCUAUGGCUUGCACAAUGGGAAACGGCGAAUUCCGCUAUGGACUUUAUCCUUGAUCAUUUGCAGUGGCCUGUGGACCGAGGGCAUGGUGCUGGUUGUCGAAGACUCGGUGAUGAUCUUUGGGCGCUCCAUUGGCACGGGACCAGCCAUGGCCAUUGCUGCCACGCCUGGCUUAGCAGGUUUGAUCUUGGUCUCGCCGUUUCUCUCGGUUCAGGAAUUGAUUCGUGACAGGAUUGGAAGCCUGGCAGGUUUUUGUGAGGAUUUCUUCGUGGCGAAGGACGCUGCGCCGAAGGUGAAAUGCCCAACCUUCAUCCUGCACGGCCAGGCAGAUGAGGUGGUCAGCAGCAACCAUGGCAAGACCCUGUACAAAAUGCUCGUGUCCAGAAAACUUCUGGUCAUGCCAACUGAUAUGCAGCACAACAGCAGCUUGCUGAGCAAUCUGUACUUUGCCGGCAAUGACCACUCUUCACAUGUCUGGUGA